AUGAAGCUCUUGUUGACGUUGGCCGCCGCGGCUGCCUCGGCGAACGCAUACUGGCUUAUGGGAAUCGAGGAUUUUAUCACCACUGAGCGUAUUGACCCCGUUGUCAACCCUGGCAAGGUCUCGGGUCAUGCUCAUUCAGUUCUUGGCGGCAGCAACUUCAGAUUUUCCACAACCACAGCGCAGUUGCGCGAGAGUGACUGCACUUCAAUUCCUAUUCCGCAGGACAAGUCUGCGUACUGGUUCCCGGAGCUGUGUGGUCAGUGGAGCAUACUAACAUCGGCAUACAGAUGGAACAAUGGAAGCUUCACCAGUCUUAACGGUGGAGCCGUCAUCGAUACUCCAGGAACCACAACCGCCUUUCCCGAUGAUUUCCGUAUGAUCAGCGGUGACCCAACCCUUCGUACCUACGACCCUACCAGUUUUGCACAGCAAGCAGUGACUUUCCUUUGCCUCGAUUUCAACGGCGUUUCCACCAAGCACAACGAACUUCCCUCCGGCCCCUGCCCAUCUGGUAUUCGUGCUCAGAUUAACUUCCCUAGUUGCUGGGAUGGAAAGAACCUAGACUCGCCUGACCACAAGUCCCAUGUUGCUUUCCUGUCCAACGGACCUGACAGUGGAACCUGCAGUGAUCCCAAAUUCCCAGUUGUUCUGCCCCGUAUCUUCAUGGAGGUCUACUGGGGAUCCCAGGACUUCGACAGUGUUAGGUCUCAAGCCCGAAAUACCUCUCAGCCUUUCGUUUACGCUCACGGAGACCCUACCGGCUACGGAUACCACGCUGAUUUCAUCAAUGGAUGGGAUAAGGGAGUCUUGCAAAAGGCCGUCGACAACUGCCACUGCAACGAAUUCGGCGAUGCUACUUGCUGCGCCCAACAGGGUAUCUUCGACCUGAACCAAGGAAAGAACUGCCGCAUUACCAAGGCCAUCGACGAGCAGACUACUGGCACUCUUCUCAAGCUCCCCGGAAACAACCCAGUGCAGCCCUAUGGAAAGAAGGCUACUAUCUUCACUGAUAAUGUCACUCCUCCCCUUCUUUCCCCCAUCUUCGCAUACACUGGCGACUCCCCGACCGCCACGGGUACCGUUGUGACUCCGGGUCAAACGCAGGCCCAACAAGUGAGCUCGGUCGCCGCCACCUCUGCCGCCGCCACUUCUGCCGCCAUCAGUUCUGCCGCUGUCAGUUCUGCCGCCGCUGCCACCUCUGUCAACGCCCCCGUUCCCCCAGCUUCAUCGUCGUCCGCUGUGGCUGCCAACCCAGGCGGAGUUAGUAGCGCCGUGUCCAGCGCACAUGUCCCGACCACUACCCCCGUCGCCAGCUCCCAAGUUCCUGCCACUUCACCUAGGUCUGCUACCUCCUCUGUUGCUGUGUCGCACCAGACCACUGCUACAGUCAAAGCGACGUCCAUCGUCCCACCCGCUACACGUCCCUCUGCCCUUCCUUCGCAAGGUAAUGGACUGUACGGUGGCCCUGGCUCUGCCUCUGGAAGCGGUUCCAAUUCAGGCAGCACAUCUGGUAGCCACCCAGGAUCAGGAUCUUCCAACGCCCCAGGGAACUCAUCUAACAACCACUCUGGCUCAGGUAUGUCCUCUGGCUCACACUCGGGACCUGGCUCCUCCGGACACGGCACAUGCUCCUCCAAGAAGAAGCGCCGUGCGAUGGAACAGCACCGCCGCCGCACCUUCGACUCGCAGGCGCCGCACGUCCGCCACUUGGACUACGUUUACACGAAUUAA